CAUGCCUGAAGGAAAUAAAUUAAAGCAAAGACAAAAGUCAAUCUUUGUUCCAAGCAACAAUUUAGCGGAAGGAAUUGAAUUGCGACGGACUAGACGUAGUAUUUAUAUUGCUCAACCAAAAAUGUUUCAUCCGCAAACAGAGGAGAGCUCUGUGGACCCAAAAAACUAUCCCAAGCGGAAAAAACGUCCUCGAUCGAAAAUACCAAGAAAAGAAAAAAAUAGUGACAUUAAGAUUACACCAUGUAAGGUGAUGGUAGAAGAUUGUGUCAAAACUAUGGGUACUCCCGAUGAAAUCUUUAAGACCCCAGUAACUUCUAUGAAGCGACGUAAGGGUAUGUCUACUGGGAAAGCAAAAAAACCAAAAAUUGAAGAUUCUGAUGAGUUCUUCACUCCUAAUACCACACCGCGUGAUAAACAUAUUACACCUAACAAUUCAAAACCCAUCACGUUUACUCUUUCUGAUAAGAAAUCAGCAUCAAAAGUUUCUAGGAUACCGACACCUAGUAGAGUUCAAACUAAUAAAGUAAACAAAUCCGAUCAAUUAAAGAAGCAAGAAGAUAAUACAGAUGGAAAUAAAGAAGAGCAAAAUGAACCAAAGAAAGCAACAGAAUGUCCGCCAGAAAAGAAUCAGAUACCAAAGAAAGUUAAUGAAGAAGAAUCUGGCAAAACAUCAGAGUCAGGGUCAUGUUGUAUUAUGUAAAAACAGAAUAAUGCCUAUUGACAUUUCUGUUUUAUUAGUUACAAAAAACUUCCUAAACGUCCUUUGUUUUAUAAGUUAUUUGGUUAAAAAUAAAUUUGUUUUUUUUUUUGAACAAAUUAUAUAUUUUCGGGAAAUUAGCGAG